AUGAGAAAGAGUCAGAGGCAGGAGACUUGGAAAUGCGCAGCGGUCGUGACAGACGCUCGAAACCCCGACCGGAUCAAAAUUUUAUGCAGAGACCAAACCGAGUUGAAGCAGGUCAAGGAAGCAGCGCAGAAGACGGUAACUUCGGGAGCCAGGGUACUGAGAGAUCAGCUUUACCCUGUCAAAGUCGACAACACCAAGCGUACCGCAGUGCUGGACGCCGAAGGCAACGUUCUGCCGGGCGCAGCUGAGGCGCUCGGAGCCGAGAAUUACGUCACGAUUGCCAAGAUCACCUGGCUUAGCAACAGAGAGAAAGCCAAAGCACUUCUGGACGGCGUGUGGUUCGAUGUUGCGGGAGAGUCCGCCUGCACCAAUGUUCUUGAACGCCGCGUAGGACCGAUUCAGUGCUUCAACUGUCAAGAGAUGGGACACAAGGCGUUUUCAUGCAAGAAGCCGCAAAGAUGUGGCAGAUGCGCGAAAGCAGAACAUCACCACAGAGAAUGCAAGGAGACAGUGCCAAAGUGCGUGCCCUGCGGUGGACCACACGAAUCGUACAGCCGGAACUGUCGGGCGCGGAACCCUGGGGAUGAGACGCAGGCAGCGUCUGGCCCUUCGGGCUAA